AGAGCUACCUCCGGUGUCUGGACCUAAUAAUUUUCGGGAAAGUUGAAUCAGAGGUUGGUCAUGGCCUAUUGAAGGAAUAUUACAUUGUAAGCAAUGCAUCGAGGAUUGCCUGGGGAGGUUAUUGUUAAGCAAGCCUUGCAACCCUAAUGGGGUUUGAAGGAUAGAUCGGAAGAGAAGAGGAUCUCCCUCUGUCUGUGUGUGUGUGUUUGUGUGUGUGCCAGAAACUACAUUUCUCUCUAAUGCAAAGCCUGUUUGGCUAGAUCUUGUUAGGCGAAGGGGCUGAACAAUGGGGAUCUGGUCGUAUGGUUAAUUACAUGCAUAGGUACAUAACGCUUAAUUAUUCCCAAUUACAUUUUCAAAGCCUAGAAGUUCUUAUUUGCAUCCAUUGAUAGAGACGAUGCCAACUCUGCCAUUGCAAAUAAAAUUAUACAGUGUACACACACUGUGUGCACUCUUGGGUCCGGACUCCGCACAGAAUAAUUUCUCCGUUAAGGGACGAUGCCACCUAACGAUGAACUUUUCCUGUUCUCGUUCUUCAAGACACCGAGGAUGGCGGGGGAGGGGAGGGGCGUUGCUUCUCACUUGUCCGGCAACCCGGUUACACUUAUUAUUCCGAUGAGAGUUUAUUUUCUUGCUGCCUCCCUUGUUUAUUUGCUGGAUUUGAAAAGCAUUUUGGGUCUCUCUCUCUCUCUCUCUCUCUCUCUCUCUCUCUGAGACUUGUUCCGUGCUCUUGGAGUUUCUUGGUAACCACUAACCCUAAAUUAUGGGCUGUUUGGUUGCAAGUAGGAUUUAGUAAAUCCUGGAGAAAUUAAGGGGCUGUUUGGCAGCAGGAUUUAUGCUGAUUUGAGAAGAACGUAAAUCCCACGGUAAAAUAAAUCCGCCGUUUUCAUAUUUUUGCCUUAAAUUACGGAUUAAAUCCGGGAGUUCGGCGGAUUUACGGGAUUUGGCCGAAGAAGCGCGCGAAAGGGAGAAGGAUGGUUAUCUUCGCAUCGAGCGAGCUCCCGUCGCUACUUCCGAUCCAACAACAAGAACAUUGUCGAGCUUUUCGUGACUUCCGAUCCGACACGAAGGGAACGUCGUCGAAUGGGGUGAAGAAGUUUUUUUAGCGACUCGUUCAAAACUCUACGGGAUGCGAAGCAGGCGAAGUCGAACAGCCAUGAAGAAAUGGAGAAGUUGAAAAGCAAACCCUAGUUGAACAGCAAUGAAGCUAGGAUUUCGAAUGGGAAUGUUAAUUCAUUUAGGGAUCCUAAGUCAGAGCAUGUAAGUAGUAGCGGACAUUGACCUUAAGGUUUAUAUAGGUCUCAGUUGGUUAGGAGGGUUAUGCCUAGAUUAGGAUGACUUGAUGGUUUGAAGGUGGUGGAAGGUAUAAAGAUUUGUUUGGGAACAAUGAGUCUUUAAAUAGCCCCGAGCGUUAGUGGCUACAAGUUCAUCUGUUUCUUAUGGAAACCACAAAAUCAAGCGAAUAUUAAAAGCCCUGAAUGCUCGCAGAGGACAUGCGGAUUGUGCUAAUGCAUACACUGAAUGGUAUCGAUUAGUAUGCAUAAGAUAUAUAAUUGUUUAUUUGUAAUAGCAUUCUUUUGAUUUUUUGUUUGGUUUAUCAUAUUUGGAGAGCGCAAUUCUAGAAGAUAUGGGAAUCAUAUUAGUAGCUUUUUACCUUGCUUUGGAAUGUCAAACGUGCUGCGAAUAUCAAACUGUCUAAAUGGAAAGAAUGGGGUAUUGUACAAAACUUCUUAAGAUAAGGGUGGUUGGCUUUUAUCUGCUUCUGCAUUGGGUUCCUACAGCUUAUCUCUGCUGGUUUUUUGAUCUGGACAAUGAUGAUCUGUCAUCUUUUGGCCCUUUUAUUGUCGCCCUGGUUGGUCUCUGCCUUCUUGCUCAGGCAACCGGGUGUUCUUUUUCUGGCCUGGUUCAGAUCUUUAACCGAGUUUCUUGGAUUCUGACCGAGUUCAGAUGGGUCCUCUUCUUCCUACCACUCAUAUAUUUCAUAUGACACUCAUAUUUCCUUUCUACCACUCAUAUAUUUCAUUUCUACCACUCAUAUUUGAUAUAAAAAUGAACUAUGAGUGAUACGUAUGUAAUAUUAAAGUUUUAGAUGUUAAAUAUGCAAAUAGAAUAGUAUAGAGUGGUAUGUAUGUAAAUCUCCCUAGUUUUUAAUGAUGCCCCCCCUCCCCCCUCUAAAAAAAAAACACCCAAAAGGAUGACCGGAAUUUGCCUGUGAUUUAUAUGAAAACCCAAUCCUUCUUCUUGCCCGUAUUGUUUAUUACUCGUUAUGCUUGUGGCUUAUGACACCAUAAGUGUAAGGGUUCUGUUAAAAAGCUUUAAAUAUGAAAUAUCUGUUGGUCCUCCACCCCCUCUUUGAAUUUGUGUGGAGAAUUUUUUUUCUUAAUGAAGGAGAAAGAGGGGGAUGAGCAAAGAUUAAUGUACUGUUUGAGGAGCAGUUUUUAUUUUUUUUGAAAUGUUGAAGUAUAGAAGAGAUGUAAUAAUGCAAUGAAUUUUAAGAUUUCUAUCAAUUAAAGUUACUAACACCUGCAAAUUAAUUAUUGCUUAUAUUCACCGAACUUUUUAGUUUUCUUCUUUCGGAAGGAUAGUAUUAUAGUGUUGUAGGAAUAGAAGCGUAGGGCAGUAAAAGUAGCCUGGAUACAACGUAAACAGUUAGUUUUCUUCUAUUUCUCUGUUUCUUGACCCUUGCACUGGUGAUUGUUCUAUGUGGGAAUGCUUGGGGCCAAGCUGUGAUGUUAUUAUGGACAAACUUUUCUCUGUUAAGCUUUGGUCGAUAAGUCAUGGUGGUUACUGGAGGCUUCCGGGUUUUCUUAUUGCUUCUAAUGUUUUCUGUUAUUAAUCUAAAUCCUUCUAUGCGGGUUGACAGGAUUUUAUGGAAUAUGGAGAAAUCUUGCUCCAGUUCCUAGGCUAUUCAGGCAAUUUUUUGGUUGUAUAACGUGGAUUGGUCUCAAUAUUUAAGGUGGAAAGCAAAGCCCUACACGGGAUCUUGGUUGGGUAUCCAUUGUGUACCCUUGCUCUGCAUGGGCAUGCUUCAUCCACGCCCACCCAUGAUUACUUUCGGGAUGCCAUACCCACCCACUUUCCAUGCUUUUUGAGUGCAUUUCGCCACGAACUGAUGGCCUUAAGGCUUGUGCUAUGACUUCAAACUUUGAAGCCGCAUAUCAGAAUUUACAGUGGUCGCAGUGUAGUUCGGUGCUGCGCAUUGCAUAGUGAGGAUUGCGUGUAAUAUAUGGCAUACGAUUUCGUUGGAAUUUACGUGCCCUGCAAAAAACCUGUUGCCUGAUUGGAGUUUCUUUCUUCUUGAACUGAUCUUGAAGCAGGUUCUCGGGCUUCAAACAUUCUAAAUCACAAAUAUGUUUCUGGAUUCUGAACCUGUUUUUCCACACUCGACUCUGGGUUGCUCUCUCUUCUCAUGAUCAUUCUGUUUAUGCUUCACGUACUGCUGGACGCUGUGGAUAUUUGGGGCUUUGAUGAGUGAUGAUUCAUGCUAAACCAGGCCUAACAGCCGUGUUAGUGCCAUUGUGAACGUAUAUUGCCAUUUAAUGGAUGCUCCACUCUACUGGCAAUUGUGGAUGAAGCAUUAAAGCAUCUCUCUUUCCCUAUCCCAUCCUACAUCCAGGUUUUUGUGUUUUUUCCGGGGGUUUUCUUUAGUCUUUUGGUUUUAGCUAUUUGGAUUCGUUGUUUGUAAUUUGUACCUUUUUUGCUAACCCAAGUAUACUUUUUGAUUUUUGAUUUUUAUUUUUUAGUAUAUUGAACGUAUAUAUUGGGGACAUUUAGGCCUAUUAAUCACAGCAAGAUUUGUGCCUAAUCCUGCCAAUUUUUAUGAUGCAAUCAACAAUGAACAUUGUAUUGACUCAAAUUUGAGCAGUCCUUGGAUUUAUUUUGUUGAGAUGCACCAUGUGACUAUAUGCAUGCAAUAUUUGGAGAUUAUUAGGUUGUUCAAGUGCUUUCUUAUCCCUUUUUGGCUUCCUCUUUUAUUAGAGAUUCAUAACGGAUGGUUGCAGCGACCUUUCUUUCGUCUCCAAUUCUCUGGAUAUCCUUUCCGCUCAUAUGCCUGAUGUCUUAUGGGAUGAAGUUAUUGUUCGAGUAAGUUUCAUAUCUUCUUCAAUUUUUAAGAUGAGGUUUUGUUUUUUUUUAAUGAGUAUUGGAGGAAUAAUUUUAGAUCAAUUUUAUUUAGGGGCUAUUUAUUUGGUUGGAAGUAAAAUCUAUGUAAAGUAUUUCAAAUGUAGGGGUUUUGAAAGUAUUGGUUUUUGGUUGGACGAAAAAUGAUUUCAAGGUAAAUAUAGUGUAAACCUUUUCAUCUCAUUUUUGAGGUAAACUAAAUUCGCCUAGCUUUGGGCAAAAGCUGUUUACAUUGCAUGCAAUCUCAUUUUUUUGCUAGUCACUAUCACUGUCUCUUGCCGGCUGCCAUCACACAUCGUUGCUACAAUCACCUUUGCCACCCUCCGCCGUCACCUAUUGGCCACAAUGUUCGCCGGCCCUUGCCUUAUACAAUUCACCACCUUCACUGGCCGCCGCUGGUCAUUGGUCACCACCGCCACUACUGUCACCACCUGCGAGCUACCAACAUCUUUGGACUGUACACUAUAUUUAUUUUAUUUCAAAUCAAAUACAAAAUAUUAUCUAUAUUUAUUUUAGAUUCAUCCAAACAACUUCAAAUUAUUAUUUUUUUUCUUUUACGAUGCAUUCUGUUUUAGCCAAGAGAUUAUAUAUGAUGAAUGUAAUAUUUUAGAGUUAAAUUAGUAUUAUUCAAGGGAUUGUUUUGAAAUUUAACCCUAUUUUAAUAAUUGAUGCUGAUGUUUUGGCUCAGCAGCAUCUUAUGCCUUAGAUUAGAGGUUGUUUCCAAUAGAUCAUAGAAUAAAUAACUCUGUGAAGCUGUAGGUGAAAAGAAGGGUAAUUUUUCUAUUAUUUGUCAGUUAUUAUGGGGUUAUUGGUUAGCUAAAAAAAGAAUUCAGCGUAAAAGGUAUGCAAUAUAAAAGAAAUAUUGUGUUAUAUAAAUACUUUGGAGUUGUUUGGAUGAAUGUAAAGUAAAUACAGGUGAAUAAAUUUUUUAUUUGGUUUGAAGUAAAAUGAAUGUAGUGUAAAGUUUAAAAAUGGUAGCUUGUGGGCGAUGACAAUGAUGAUGGUGGUGGCCAACGACAAGUGUCGGUGGUCGUUGGUAGCCGGAAGUUGGUGGUCAACUGCCGACAAAGGUGGUGACUGGAGGGUGGCGACGAUGGUAGUGGCUGGCUGUUGGUGGUGGCCGGUGAGUGUCCGCUAAGGGUUCGAUGGCCUGUUGGCAGGUUGCGGCAAUUAAGCAAGCUUGUUUGUGGUGUAAAAUGUUCUCGCUCAAAAUUGGGUUAGUUUGGUUACCCAAAAAAUGAACUAAAAUGAUUUACACUAUAUUUAUUUUUAUUUUUUUACUUUGAUUUCCUUUUUCAUCUAACUAAACAUCAAAAUUAUUAAAAUAUAUUGUAUUUGGAAUACUUUAUACUCUAUAGUAUUCCAGCCAAACAUCCCCUUAACGCUUCAUUUGGUUUGGAUGAAUUAAAAGCAAAUUGCUAAAUAAUAAUAAUUUUACUCAUGAAUAUAAAUAAGCAAAAUUGGAUGCAACGGCAUGCAACGUUUUUUGAAUAAAAUGCAAAGUUAUUUAAUUACUGAUUUGAACAGGUGGAUAUAAUAUAUGUAAAAUCGAGUUUGAAUUGUUCCUUAAUAUUUAAUCAAAAGAAAGUUAUUGAUAAUUAAGAUUAUAUUAAAUUAAUAUAAUUUAUAAUUAAUUAAUUGAAAAUAUAUUUUAUUCAUCUCAAAAUAUCUGAGUGCCAUUGAUCUUAACCAAAUAAGUUCCUGAGCUGUGGCUUCUCAGGCAAACAGUGCAGCCAUAUUAGGGUUCAGAGGUAAGAUUCUGUAUGCAGUACUUUUUUUUUCUCUCUCUAGCGGGAGAAAUUAUUUGGUGCGGAGGCCGGAGGUAACUUUGCGUCCGGACUCCAAUUAAAUUUUGAUACGUGGAUAUUCAAUUAUUUACCUCUCCAGUGAACAUGCAAUAAAAGCAAAGUAAAAGCAUGGCAAAAGAGUAGCGAGUCCGCAAUAAAAGCACAUUGAAUAUGCAGUGAAAGCAAGGUGAAUACGCUGAAAACGCUAUUAAGGAACAGUUGAAUAUCCACAGGUCGAGAUGUAAUUGGAGUCCGGACGCAAAACAACGUCUAAACUCCGCACCAAAUCAUUUCUCCUCUUGCUGAUAGGUUCUGUUAGGUUAUCUGUUUGAUGUAAUUAUGGUGAGUUUUUUUUUUUUAAACUAUCUUUUGUUGUCUUCUGUUGAGGGAGGCGAAGUGAAAUCAUUGGUUGGCCAUGGCAUAUAGAUGUAAUAUUUUCGUAGACUGGAUGCUUGAGGCCUGGGGAAGAUCUACUCAAGCAACCCUUGCAAUCCUGAUAGGGCAUGAAUGACAUUGGAAGAUAAGAGUCUCUCUCUCUCUCUCUGUGUGUGUGUGUGUGUCUGACGCACACAGAAACUGUUACCUCUAAUUAAGAGCCCGUUUGGUUAGAUCUCACCGGGCCAAGGGGUUGAAUUACGAGGAUUUUACUUAUUGACAAUGUUUGUGAUCUACAAAUAUUGUAUGAUUUUUCUUAUGACAAUGUUUAUCAGUUAUUCAGCAUUUUAGCAAUUCUUCCGUUUUGCUUUCCUCCAGUUUUGUUUGAUGCAGCUGUGGUUCAGAUGAGGUCUUCAUUCUUUGUUUGGAAAUUGAUGGCUCUACAAUAACAACAACAACAACAACAACAAUAUCAAGCAGUGGAAUAUAGUUAUGUUAACAGACUAAUUUGGAAGGAUAUAAUAUUUUAAAAUAGUUCAGUUUGUUGUCUCAUUAUCGGAUCUAAGAGGAGAAUGCAAAUAACAUGGCCCUUAGAGCUUUAGAAGGCAUAAACAUCUGUCACAUGCGGUAUUCGUUUGGGGGUGAGAGAGAAGCAAAAUGAAAAAUGAAAAUCGUGCUCGAGGUCAUGAGUCGCGAGAGAGAAGCGAAGGGGAAAACGAACCAUUGAUGCUUUUCAUGUGUCCGAAAAAAAAGGCUGUUGGUUACUUCUUUGUAUUAAUAAAUAAAUUUUAAAAGAAAAAUUACAAAAAAUAGAGUAGGUUUCCUCGUUGGUGAACUUGUUGUUCUGUUCAUCCACUAAAACGAUCAGCUUUAAGCCCAUUUAGGCUUUUUGUUUUAGCUUUAGCCAAAUCCUUUAGAGGAGAUAUCUCGAACUUGUUGACUAAAAUCUCUUUUCAUCAUUCUGUCCGUUCACAAUGGAAAGUCAUUCCUCCCUCUCUUUCAAUAUUUUACCCCAUUAAUCUUUCUCUCUAGGUGGAUUGAAAACUUGAAAUGGAAAAAGCCUGUAAUAAAUAAAAUGAAAGCUGACAAGGAGUUGUACCAAAAUGGAUGCUUAAGUUUUAUAUGUGGGCUUAUGCCAUUGUGCUAAGUAAGUAAAAUUUUUUUAGGGGGGCAUGUGGAUUUGAAAACCAUAUGGGUCUCUCUCUCUCUCUCUAAAGUUUUCAAACUUAUGUUUUGAAGGGUAUUCUAUGGGUGCGGCAUGAGACUUGCUCUAGUGUUAUUUUUGAAGUUUCUCGGGAACAUUUAGGGUCUGUUUGGCUAGGGAAAUUUGACUUUAUAUGCCUCAUAAUACACAAUUGAUUAGAAUUGGAGAUAUGUGUUAGAAAGUCUAUUUUGGAUUAAAUUACUCCAAAUAAGGGGUAAUUUCUUGUAUAAGCGGACUCAUUGAACUCUUAAGCCAUUUAUACAUGAUUUUAAUGAAUGGUUGAAGAAAUCUUAGCUAAAUAUUGACUAUAUCUUAAAUUUUUGCUAAAAUGUUUUCGUAAUAAAUCCUGGUACCAAACGCCCCCUAGGUAUGAAGGUAAUGACAGGCAUUAUUUGGCUUGGAGCUAAAGGUGUUUUAAUUUAUAUUUUUAGUAGAACACAAUCUAGAUAAAUACCACAUGGUCAAUAUUUUAUCUUUGGUAUAUGAAAGUUUGAAAAGCAUUUAUCAUAAAUGUUGGCUUUAUGUGCCUCAUAAAUUUGACCCUAGACAUUCAAGUUAAAUAUCUUACUGGGAUGGGAAUAACUUCUUGCAAUACAGCUGUAGUUGGAGAUGAUCCUGUCCCAAUUUGAUGGAGUAUUUGCCAUAAGGUUGGCUUGAUGAUCAUUGAUAAAUUGGUGCAUGUUAUUUCGUUGUCUGGGGAUGAUGAAUAGUGAUUAAUUUAUUGCCUAUAAAUGAAAGGAAGAAAGUGGCAUAUCAAUUAUUUUUGGUCUCCAUAAAUUGGUUGAAUUAAUGUCUGGCUUAUUGAUGCAUCAGGUUUUGUGGUAUCUUAAUAAUACAUACUGCCUCUUUGUCUUAGCGGCAUCUUAUGCUUAUUGCUUUAUACAUUUAUGUAAACAAUUAUACAUUUCACAAUCUUAUCAACUUAUGUAACUGAUGUUCUCAUCAAUAUCUUUAUCUCAAAAUCAUCCAUCAUGCAGAUAAAAUCCUAGGGGUGGCCCCUAAAAGUUCAAGUGGUGACUCCCACCAUGUAGCACUUUGUCUCAUACAGGGCUCAAAAGGUGGUUCUCAUGGCUUAGCAUUUUGUCUUGUAUGACACUUAGUUCUCAUUUUUUUGUUGGUGUAUUGCUAUGUUAUCAUUUAUAAAAGCCCAAACUCUUAACUAUCAAGAUAUUGUUCGCUUUGUUCUAAGGACAUCCCGGUUUUGUCCUUUUUGUGUAACUCCCCAAGAUUUCACCCACCCCAGGAUAUCUCUUUGAUGAACACGCUUAAUUGCGAAGUUUCUUAAUGUAAUUCCAACAAUUACACCAACAUGCGUCUUGAUGGUUAAGAGUUUAGCUUUUUUUUUUAUUUAAGGGGUUUCACACCUAGUGGCAGAUAAGAUUAGACAGUUGUCGUAGAUGGUUUGGUCACAUAAAAUGUUGGCUUUUUGAUGAUUUGGUUAAAAGAGUGGAUGUAUUAUAUCUGACAUAUGUUAAAAAGGAGGAUGUAUAAUUAAAAAGAUGUGGUUAUAAAGUAUUUGAAAAUUUAUUUAUUAUUAGAUUUAAAUGAAAAUUCAACUUUUAAUAUGACACAAUGAAAAAAAAAGGUUUUAGGUGGCCGACCUUGCGUAGUGGGAUAAAGCGUUGUUGUUCUUGUGUUUAUUUUAGAGUGGGCUUGUGAGUCCCUAUGAUGAGCCAAUAAAAUUUUAUUCUCGUUUUCAUGAGGGCUGGGUAAGGAAUUGUUCACGCCCAUCCAAGCAUACCCUAAGCGAUUUGAUGUGGCAUUUGUGAUGUCAGCUAAGCUUGAGUUGGCCUGAUAAACAUUUCUCUAAAAGAAAAAUGGGCAGCUGAAAGAAUUUGGUGUAUUUGUCCAUUGAUUUUUGUUGGGAUCAUACAAAUUUCCUUAUGAUCUAACGUAAGUUUUGAUGAGCCAUGACAAAUUGAGUCAAGAGAGGUCUGUACUUUGAAAUAUUGUGUUGAGUUUGUAGUGUUUGAGCCAUGACAAAUUGAGUCAACAGAGGUCUGAACUCGAUCAACAAGGUAAAACGAUUCAACAUGGAUCAGAUCGGUGCUCACACAUCUUACAAGGUUUCUCUUCUCUCUUUUUCUCUUUUGUUAAAAGAAUAAUCAUUCUGUUUCUCUCUCAGGACAAAUUAUCAGGCGGGAACAAUAAGUACCUCUACGGGGAAGCCAAUGGUGGCUCAAAAGCUCUCUAAGGGCCCGUUGGUUUGGUCUUCAUUAGAUGCCGAGGAUGGCAGGAGAGGAGAGGGGCGAUGCUUUUAACUUCUCCGGCAACCAGAAAAUUGCAACUUAUGCUUGUUACGGUGAUAUUGUGUGGUGCGGCUUGAGACUUGUUCCACACUCUAGGGUCUGUUUGGAUGCAGGAUUUAGGCCGAGUUUGACGGAAAAUUCCCUCUUUUGGUGGUAAAUCCCGGAUUUACGAAAUCCUUGGUUCUGCUGAUUUAUGGGAUUUGGCCGAAGAAGCGUGCAAAAGGGGGAAAGUUACCUUUACAGCAAUCGAGCUCCCGUUGUUGCUUCUGAUAAAAAAAAAGUCAUAACUUCCAAUCCAACAUGAAGGGAACGUCGUCGAAGGAGCCAAGUCGAAUAGCAACGUAGAACUUGUGCUAAACUCUACCCUCAACAACAUCGUCAAAAUGUUGUGGCUUCCGAUUCGACAUGAAGGGAAGGUCACCGAAUGAUGCAAAGAAGUUUUUUAGCGACUCGUUCAAAAGUCUAUGCGAUGCGAAGUCCAGCAGCCAUGAAUAAAUGAAGAAGACGAAAAGCGAACCCUAGUUGAACAGCAAUGAAAUCAAGUUGCAUCGGGCCAGAAUGCCAAAUUACCUCAUUGCUAACGAAUGAGAAUACUUCCAACAGCUCGUUGUAACGUGGGAGCAAUGAAGUCAAUCAACAACGAAGGUAGGAUUUCCAAAUGGAAUGUAAAUUCAUUUUACUUUUUGAGUUUCUGUUCUCUCCCUCCUUUCUUUGAUGGAUUUGAAAACCGUCUGGGUCUCUCUCUCUCUCUCUCUCUCUCUCUCUCAGAAGAUUGCAAACUUAUAUUCUAUGGGUGCAGCAUGAGACUUGCUCUAGGGUUAUUAUUGAAGUUUCUGGGUAACAUUCAGGCACUGUUUGGCUGGGGUUCUUUGACUUUAUGUCUUAUAAUACACAAUUAAAUUGAUUAGAAUUGGAGAAAUAUGAGGGAAAGUUUAUUUUGGAUUAAAUUACUCCAAAUAAGGGAUAAUUUCUUUGUGUAAGUGGACUGCUCAUUGGACUCUUAAGCCAUUAAUACCUGAUUUUAACCAAUGUUUGAAGAAAUUAUCUAAAAAUUGAUUUAAUCUUAAAUUUUAGCUGAAAUGAUUUGGUAAAAUUUAGCAGUUUGAAAAGCAAUUGUCAUACAUAUUUUAUGUGCCUCAUAAAUUUGACCCUAGCCAUCCAAGUUAAGUAUCUUACUGGGAUGGGAAUAACUGCUCCUUGCAAUACAUCUGUAGUUGGAGUUGAUCCUGCCCCAAUCUGAUGGGAGUAUUUGCCAUUAGGGUUUUGGCUUGAUGAUCAUUGGGAAAUCAAUGCAUGUGAUUUCAUUCUCUCUGGGAGUGAGGGAUGACGAUUAAUUUAUUGCCCAACAAAGAAAGGAAGAAAGAGGCAUGUCAAUUCUUUUUGGUCACCUUGAAUUGGUUGAAUUACUCCAGCGGAUGUCUAGCUUAUUGAUAUCUCUGGUUUUGUGUUAUCUUCUUAAUAAUACAUACUUACUGUUUGGAUCAGCGGCAUCUUAUGCUUAUUGCUUUAUACAUUUAUGUAAACCAAUAUAUAUGUAUAGAUCGCAUCUGGAUAUCCAUCAUUGUGAAAUAUGAGCUGCACGGCUGCUUAGGUUUCGAUUGGGACAGUGUUCUUAUUGCUUUGCUUAUUAGACCACAAUCAUAGUUUCUGUUUGGCCAGUAUUUUCAAGAAUGUUUUGUGUUAGGAAGCUGAGCUGCUUUCGACAACAGCUUUAGAAAAGAAUAUUUUUUUCAUAGCAGUUUUACAGCAAAAUUUAUAAAAAACUGCAGCUGUCCAAAUUUUAAUUUUAUUAUUUUGAAGACAAGUAGAUCAUGGCCUAUAACACAAAGGUUUGUCUAGAUAAAGCAGAGAACAAAUUUUGUUGUGAGCUAAGCUUGAGUUGGCCUCUGAAACGUUUUUCCAAAAGAAAUGGUGAGCCAUUGGGAAAACUUCAGUUAUUUGCUGCUUUACAUUAAGCUUUAUUAAAAUUUUAUAACCUUCUCAAACAGAUUAAGAAUCUCUUCAAUUUAGUUUUCUUUACUUGAUUGGCAGGCUAAGGUAAAAGGCCUCAACCAAAUAGAGAGAAUGAUUUCAUGCUAUUUUUUUGGGUUUAAAUCUCAAAAAAGCCUUCUGACUAUUCGUUUAUGAUCAUUGUGGUCACAUAAUAAAAAUGCCUUAGAAAUUUCUGUUCUUGUUCAUUUUAAUUUCCUAAUCCAAUUUCAUUGAAGCAAAUACAGAAGAAUUUCUGUUCUCUUCACCAUCUUUAAAAUUCCUGGCAUGCAUUUUUAAAAUAAAUUUCUUUCUAAUGGAUAUUCCAUAUUUUGUGCUUUCCUGUAUAAUGGCUAAGGGCUUUCGUAUGGACAAUGAUAUUUGAAGGCAACCUGUGCAACUAUCAGCGGGGUUCUGAGGCUUCUAAUCGUGGUCAUUUGCUUUGUGAGUGGUAGUGGCUGAAAGGUGUUUGAGAAGGAUGUCCAGCGGAGAAAUCAGGAAGGUCUCUCGUCAAGACAUACAACUGGUAGGUCAGACGACACAUGCCUCUUCUUGGGAAUCUAUGUGGCUUAUCAAGGUACAGAAUCUAAUUGAACGCUGUCUUCAGCUAUAUAUGAACCAGAAAGAAGUGGUGGAUACUCUCUUAUACCAGGCAAAGAUAGAGCCUGGUUUUACUGAACUUGUUUGGCAGAAACUUGAAGAGGAGAAUAGAGACUUUUUUAAGGCGUAUCAUGUUAGAUUGAUGCUUAAAAAUCAAAUAUUGGUAUUCAAUAAGCUUCUUGAGAAACAAGUGGAGCUUAUGAACAAAGUUUGUUCCCCAGGGGUUGUUUCAGUGCCUAUGUCUCAUGGUUCAUGUUCUUCUACAUUGAACCAGAACCCUUCAUGCUAUUUAUCCGAAAAUGCAUCUACUUCAAGGCCUGAUGGUUUACUGCCCAAUGGAGGAUCUUCUUCUGCAAUCAUCAGUGGUGGUCCUGCAGGAAAUCAGAAUGUCCAACUUGGCAAUGUUCCAUCAAAUUUUAGUGGGAGGUUGGAAGUUCCGGCAAGCAUGUUAUCUUCAAAGAACUCACUAAUGGGAAGAAAUCACAUGAUGAAUGGUACAACAAUCAAGACAGAGCCUAGCUAUACAACCAAUUCUGAGUUUGCGUUUACUGGUAGCAGUUUCUUGGAGACUCAGCCCACACUUGAUCCACUUGGUGCAUCCUUCAGUGGUCCUGAGUUGACUGCUCAAGCACUGAACGAACCACUUCAGGAUAUCGAUUCAUCUCCUUAUGGCUUUUUAAGUCAUAUUCCUCGAAACUUCAGUUUUUCAGAUUUAACAGAUGGCUUUGCUCAGAGUGCCGUUAUACUGGAAAGUUAUGAUAGGUCACCUUUUCUUGCACCUGAAGCAAACAACUUUACAGGAUCUCCUGGAGUAGAAUGCAAUG